CGUGCAUUACGGAAUUUUCAGUCACGAUUCCGAAACUUACGUUACGUUAUUCUGUGGUCCGUUGGUGUUAAUACGAAGAUGGCAUGUGUAUUUAAUUGUUGGGUACUAUGGGUAAUGUUGGUACUUACAGGGUUCAAGUUUUAUUUGAAGCUUACGACUGGUAUCUGCAAGAGCAAGAAACGUCUGGAUGGGAAGACUGUUAUCAUUACGGGUGCCAACACAGGUAUUGGAAAGGAGACAGCACGUGAUCUUGCACAGAGAGGAGCUAAAGUUAUCCUUGCCUGCCGAGAUUUGGAGAAAGGGAAGAAUGCUUGUGAUGAAAUUAUUGCUCAGACUGGGAACACAAAUGUUGAAGUACAGCAUCUGGACCUGAGUUCACUAGCAUCAGUACGGAAAUUUGCCAACAAUAUUAUUAACACCGAGCCACAUCUUGACGUACUUAUCAACAAUGCAGGUGCUACCAGAGUUGGACAGAAACUCACAGAGGAUGGACUCUUACUUGGCAUGCAAGUGAACCACUUUGGACCCUACCUCCUCACCUGUCUGUUAGUGGGUAUGAUCAUCAACACAGUUCCUAGGAAUGUUGUUGUUGUUGUUGUUGUUGUAGGUGUAACAGUGAAUAGCCUUCAUCCUGGUCUUGUAGCUAGUGACAUCUGGAGAAAUUUUGGACCAUUUCUCGGUGCUGCCCUAAAGUUUAUUCUUCGUUGGUUUUGUAAAGAUCCCCGUGAAGGUGCCCAAACCUCCAUCUAUCUAGCAGUUUCUGAAGAUGUGGAAGGAGUUUCUGGCAAAUACUUUCUAGACUGCAAGGAGGCGGCUCCAUCAAAAUUAGCACUGGAUGAGGGUCUAGCCAAGAAGCUGUGGGAGAAAAGUGAGACUCUAGUAGGUCUCAAGCCAGAUGAAGCAGACUUCUAAAGCAUAAAUAUCUUCAGCUCAGGUUCUGAAGGCUGUUUCUGAAUGUUUGAUGAUGAUGUACCACGUUGUAGUAAGCUCUAUUUUUGUAUAAUAUUGGUUGUGUUUCUGCAAAUUAGCCAACUCCAAAUGCAAAUGAAGGUUUUUGUGCUGUGUAGUCUGGUAGAUGUUUAACAACGUUUCAGAGGUCCUACUGCCUCCGUCAUCAGGGCGAUGAGUAUGAAGAUUUCUGUCUUCUGGGUUGUUGCGCCAUGUAGUACAGUAGAUGUUUACCAACGCUUCAGAGUUCAUACUGCCUCCAUCAUCAGGGCAUUCAUCGCGCUGCUGACGGAGGCAUUUUGACCUCAACGUCUACCAUACUAAACGGUGCAACAACCCAAAAAGAAUAGUGUCUUUUAGCUUUAAAAAUAUUGAGGUGUUUGAGAAGUGCAGCAUACUGUAUGAACUGUACAUCUCACUUUAAUAUGUAUUAUUGAUUACACCAUGUUCUGUAAGAACAUAGGAAUUGUUCAAGAAUAGAUUUUGUUAAUAAUGGAUUUCAUUCUAGCUUUAUAGUAUUACUUUAAAUGUCAUGUGAGGUUACUGUGGAAGAAAAUCCUCAAAAAUUAUUUAUGUAUUGUUUUCAGUUUAAAGGAAAAGUAAGAUUAAUGAUCAUAUUAAUUUAAUGUUUAUGUGACAAUUUUGUUUACUUGUUUAUAAUGUGUUAAUAAAGUAAAUUAUAAAUUGUA